CUACCAGCAACUCAUGACAGUCACUGGCGCAGCGCAGCACGUCAUGAAGUUUGACCAUUGCCACAAGCCAGCCAAGAGCAUUCGCAUGCCGGACGCUACGAGCAAGGCUUGUAUUGGGACCGCAUGGGUCCUCAAUGGCCAUUCGGAGGCCUUAGCGUUUUAUCAUGUAUCCUCUACCUCCCUUUACGAACUGCGAUACGAGCUGCGACAGCUGAGUCUUCGUUGCCUCAACUUGGGCCAGGCCAUCCGUGUUGUGUACGUCGACAACGCUGCUCAGACCCACCGAAUCUGGUGCAAGCUCUUGCUCACGGAUCUGCCGUCUGGGGAAGUUAUGGUGAAGCAGGAUACCUUCCACUUAAAGCGCCGCUUUACGGAGGCUCUCCCAAAGGCGCAUCCUUACUAUAGCACCUUUAACGCAGCCUUAAGCCAGGUCCUGCUUCCCAUCUACGAGCCCGACAGGGAGCGCUUGCAUGGUAUUGACGCCCAGCUGCUAAGGCGGAAAGCGCGCAAGUUUAUCCCACCAGGCAGCGGUGGUUUGGUGUUGCGCCGAGUAGGUGAGCUCAUGGCAAGGUAUAAGGCGCUGAAAGGCGGCGAGGAGUUCAUUACUGCAGCGGUAGAGAAGGUGUGGCGCGAUCAGCAAGCACUGGUGGCCGACGGGCUCGACAUGAUAUCAGACCCUUUCUCCAUCGACAAGAUGUACUACGUGGACCCGAAAACCGGCCUGUUCCGUAGCAUCAGAACCACCAGUCAAGUGGAGAACCUCAACCGCCGUUUCAAUUCUCUUCUCCAAGGCAGCGUGCUCCCUGGGCUGGCCGACGCUCUCAUCAUGGACUUCGUCGGCCGCAACAACGUCGACCAGGCGUCUCGCGCCGGUGAAAGCCUUGGCCUGCCCUUAGCGAUGUACGACUUACACCUCGUGAGCCGCAUCAACGCAUGCGUGCCACCUGGUGCGGUUAAGCCGUUCGAAAAAUGGGCAGCGCUGCAGGACCGGGUUUCUGCCUCCGCUGUUGAGGACUUCGGGUUUAAGUGGCAGGAGCGCCAGAUACGUGAAGCGCUUCUCGAGGUGGCAGCGGCGGAAGCUGCGGGUGCAUCCGUUCAAGUAGUGGUGGACGAGGAGGAUGACAUUGAGUUGGACGGGCCGCCGCUGGUUCCCGAGGUGGGCGGAACCGGGGAAGAAUGGGACGCCUUCUGGACUACUUGCGGCGCUGAGCCAGUGGUCGCUGGUGGCGACGGGGAAGUUGGCGCCGGAACAGCAGCUCGCGACCCCAUCAGCUCGUGGGCCUCGCCGCCGCAACAGAUGUAUGGGCCACUGGGAUCUGCCACGUUGAUGCAGCAGCCGGAUUCACGUCUUAACUUGCGUGAGCAGCAUGCCUGGGGCCAGGAGGAUGUGGCUCUGGACGUUGGUGUGUCAGGAUUUGCCAGCCCUUUCUCAUCUCCAUCGAGGCCGUCUUCGCCGCAGCAGCAGCACCUCGGCGGGCGUCAGGCGUUCAGCAGCC